AUUAUUCCUGCUUGACAUUAGUGUUUCUCCACGUCAAACUAUUUGGAAAGGCUGAGAAAUAAAAUAAUUAAGCCGCAUCAGAUAAAUAAGCAAAAAAAUAGAGCAAAUUUAAUUAGAACACAUUAAAAAUGGUUAGUUUAAUUAAUACUAUUGACACUGGCCAUGAGGAUAUGAUCCACAAUGCCGUACUGGAUUAUUAUGGCAUGCAUUUAGCGACUUGUUCUUCCGAUGGAUCAGUGAAAAUCUUUGAUGUCAAGAAUGGUAAUCAGGUCUUGGUUGCUGAUCUUAAAGGCCAUCAGGGUCCAGUGUGGCAAGUUGCAUGGGCCCAUCCAAAGUUUGGCAAUAUUUUAGCUUCGUGUUCUUACGAUCGCAAAGUGAUUGUCUGGAAGGAGGGUGGCGCUAAUGAUUGGACAAAAAUUUAUGAAUACAGCAACCAUGAUUCUUCAGUUAAUUCUGUGGCAUUUGCUCCAGCGGAAUAUGGCCUCAUGUUGGCAUGUGGCAGUUCAGAUGGUUCUAUAUCCAUAUUGUCAUGCAACACGGAGUAUGGUGUAUGGGAUUGUAAAAAGAUUCCAAACGCCCAUACGAUUGGUUGCAAUGCUGUAACAUGGUGUCCCUCCACUGUGCCAGAGCCAGCCUUUGACCAAAAGUCUUCAACACGCAGUGCCGGUAUUAAGCGUCUUUCCAGUGGUGGCUGCGACAACUGCGUAAAGAUAUGGCGUGAAGAAAGUGACCGCUGGGUGGAAGAAAGUCGCCUAGAGGCUCAUUCCGACUGGGUUCGUGAUGUGGCUUGGGCUCCUUCUAUAGGACUGCCACGUUCUCAAAUAGCUUCCGCUUCUCAAGAUCGCCAUGUCAUUAUUUGGAAUAGCACAGAUUUUACAACAUGGUCGCCAACAAUUUUACAUACAUUCGAUGAUGUUGUAUGGUCGGUCAGUUGGUCCAUGACUGGUAAUAUUUUAGCCGUCACUGGCGGAGAUAAUAAGGUUACGCUGUGGAAAGAGAACAACGAAAAUCAAUGGACGUGUAUCAAUGAUGAUGCUUCAGUAACAGGCGGUCAGCAAUCAGAGCAACGUACACUGUAAAAAGAUGCCAUACCAUUCAUAUUGCAUCAAAUGAGUGGAAGGGGAAGAAACGGAAUUAUGUUGAACGUCUCCUUAUCUCUCAAUUCUUAAAGAAAAUGUUAGUAACAUGAUUUUUUACCAAUGCAGUUCCAUCAUAAAAAUUUGAUAAGAAGUUGCUUUAAAUAUUUCCAUGUAUUUGUCACAUAUGUAUGUGCUAAGAAAGACAGAUUGUAUGUUUUUCUCUUUGCCGCAUUUCUUUCAGUAGUGAUGGAAACAUUUCUAGAGUUUGUUAAUUAGUAAGUUACACAUGUAUAUUUAAUCGAAACGAAACUACUAUAUGGUCAGGACAACCUUACAAAUAAAAGUCUUUAUAUAUAAAAAACAUAUUUUCUCUUGUAUUAAAAGAAUUUUCGGUUUUGUAUUUUU